CGCGUGGGCGGCGGCGGCGGUUCCGGUUCCGGCGGCGGCGGCGGCGGCGCGGGGGAGGCACCGGGAGGAGGAGAAGGAGAGGAAGGAGGAGAAGGAGGAAAAGGAGGAGGAAAAGGAGGAGAAGGAGGAGAAGCGGCCGCGCCACCGAAGGAGAAACAGCAGCGGCGGCGCGAGCAACGACAGCGCGGCCGCCCCCGCGCUACCGGGAACCGCCCGCCCCCCCCCCGCCCGCCUCCUUCCCCGGUCCCCCCCUCCCUUCCCGCCCUCCUCCUCCUCCUCCUUCUCCCGGAUCCCGCCUCGCUCCUCGGGCCCGCGCCGCCCCCGCAGGAGGCCGAAGAUGAAAGCUGGCUGCAGCAUCGUGGACAAGCCCGAGGGAGGAGGGGGCUACCACUUCCCGGAGUGGGCGUACAAGACGGAGUCCAGCCCGGGCUCGCGGCAGAUCCAGCUGUGGCACUUCAUCCUGGAGCUGCUGCAGAAGGAGGAGUUCCGGCACGUCAUCGCCUGGCAGCAGGGCGAGUACGGCGAGUUCGUCAUCAAGGACCCCGACGAGGUGGCGCGGCUCUGGGGGCGCCGCAAGUGCAAGCCCCAGAUGAACUACGACAAGCUCAGCCGCGCCCUCAGAUAUUACUACAAUAAGAGGAUCCUGCACAAGACCAAGGGCAAAAGAUUCACCUACAAAUUCAACUUCAACAAGCUGGUGAUGCCCAAUUAUCCCUUCAUCAACAUCCGGCCCAACGGCGUGGUCCCUCAGAGCGCCCCUCCCGUGCCCACGGCCUCCUCCCGUUUCCACUUCCCUCCGCUGGACCCUCACUCUCCCACCGAGGAGGCUCCGGGCCGCUUCGCGCCGGGCCCGCUGCUGCCGCCGCACGCCGAGGCGCUGCCGGACCCCGACCGCAAACCGGAGCCGGCCGAGCUGGACGACGCGGGCCCGGACUGGCGCCGGGAGCUGCUGGCCCCGCCGCACGCCGCCGCCGCGGCCGCGGGGCCCAAGCGCAAGCCCGAGGUGGUGCUGCCGCUCUUCUCGCGGCCCGGGAUGUUCCCCGAGCACCCGCACAGCCCCUUCGCCGUGUCGCCGCUGCCGGGCCGCCCCGGCGUGCUCAACGUGCCCAUCUCGCCGGCGCUGUCGCUCACCCCCACGCUCUUCUCCUACAGCCCGUCGCCGGGGCUCAGCCCCUUCGCCGCCGCCGGCAGCAGCUGCUUCUCCUUCAACCCCGAGGAGAUGAAGCACUACCUGCACUCGCAGGCCUGCUCCGUGUUCAACUACCACCUGAGCCCGCGGACUUUCCCCCGCUACCCGCUGGUGGUGCCGCCGCUGCAGUGCCCGGUGCCGCUGGAGGAGCAGCCGCAGUUCCCCAUCAAGCUGCAGCCGCCGCCGGCCGGCCGCAAGAACCGCGAGAGGCUGGAGAGCCCCGAGGCCGCCGGCGCGCCGCUGCCCGCCGCGCCCCGCGUCAAGGUGGAGCCGGCGCUGGACAAGGAGGAGGAGGAGGAGGAGAAGAAGGAGAAACGCCACGGGGAGGAAGAGGAGGAGGAGGAGGAGGAAGAAGAGGAGGAGAAGGUGCCGGUGUUCGCCCGCCCGGCGGCUCCGGCGUGGAUCCCCGCGCCCGCUCACCCCGGGGCCUCCGGGGAGGAGAGCGCGGAGAAAGCAGCGCGGGAUUGCCCCGGCGAGGCCGCGGGCCAGGAGAGGAGGGAGGACGCCCUGAUGCCCCCCAAGCUGCGGCUGAAGCGCCGCUGGAACGGAGAUUCCCGGCAGGAAAUGCCCGAGGAGCCGCGGCCCAACGGGAUCUGGCACCUGCCCAAAGCCGUGGCCGCCGCCUCCGACACCUAAUCCCGGCUGGAACAAAAAAACCUUGGAAAACACCCGGAAAAACAUCCGUGUAUUUAUGUAGCAAGGUUGCAGAGCAGUUUGGGAUCAGGGCGGGGAGGGGGGCGGGGUAGGUCUGGGAAUUUUUAGGGAAUUUCAGGGGUGGGAGAAGGGAGGGGGGCGGGGAGCUUUGGGCUUUGUGUUGUUUCUGUUGUUGACUUGCAGGUGAAGACGCCGCAAUUCCCGCUCGGUUUUCCCGGAAAAGCCGGCUCGAGCUCCAGGACUGGGAUGGAGGAAUUCCAGGCGCGGCCUCGGGGCUGCUCCCGGGCUCUUUGGGACACCGGGAAUCUCCAGAUCCAGGGGGGGGUUUUUUGGGAUUUUUCCUUUUUCACGGAUGCGAGCUUUCCCCGGCCAUCCAGGAGCUGGUUUGGUUCAAUCUUUUUGUUUUUUUUUUUUUUUUUUUUUUUUCGGGAAAAGGAGGAGCUUGGGAAUUUUGCAUCGGGAAUUUUGCACUGUCCACGGAGCGGGGUUGGGGCGGGGGGAAGAGGAUUCAGGAAAACUCGGAAAAUCGGGAUGGAGGCCGCGUCGUUCCCGGCGGAUUUCCGGGGAAAAUUCCCCUUUUCCCGCCUUUUUUUCUCUCUCUCUCACAGAAGCCAUGAGCAAAACUCUCCAAACUUUUUCAGGGAAUGGGAACGGGAAUAACACAAAAUUAACCGGAUGCCUUUAAUCCUAACGCAUUAAAAAUGUUGGGGUUUGGUUUUUUUUGUUUUCGUGUGCCCGGAGCGGGAGUUUUUUCUUCCCCGCUGCGGAAUCCGUGUGGGUGGAAUUUUUUGGGAAUGCUUGGAAGGAGCGCUGGAAUGAUUGUGGUGAGUCCCGGGAACGCCGGAAUUCCCGGCGCCAUUCCCAGAUUUUUGGACCCUCCCCCUUUCUCCCCGUUUGACUCAUGCCUUAAAGAAAAAAAAACAAAAAAUCAAAAAACCACGUUUGGACUUUUUCUGGGAAUUUUUUUUCCGGGAGCGCUCGGAUUUCGUGGAUCCCUCCUGGUUUUUGGGGGGGAAAUCCCAAAUCCCGCCGUUCCCCCCGCGCAGCGGAAUUCCGGAGGCUCUGGAUUGUGCUCCCAGCGGGAAAAACCCUGGAGAACGCCGGGGCGGAGCCGGGAAUUCCCAAGGAUUCGCUCUGGGAUGGAGCAGAAGUGUCGGGAAUUCCCAAGGAUUAGCUCUGGGAUGGAGCAGAAAUGUCGGGAAUUCCGGGGGGGCGGCGCGGGCAGGAAAUUCCCUGCUGGAAGAGGAACCGGCAGCGAUUCCCAAAGUCCCAACCCGGCCGGGUUUGGGAUCCUUGGAAUGUGGAGUUCAAAGAAUUUGGGGUGGAAAACCCCUGGAUUAUCCCAAAAAAACCCCGGAGAGGGCGCGAGGACGAACUCAGGAAUUACACGAGGAGGCCUUUCCCGGAAUUCCCGCCGCCGAUCCCAAAUCCAAGUGCCGGAACCGUCGGGAAAAACACAAAUAAAAAGGGGGGAAAAUCCCGGAUUUUUCCCCCCUCCAAUCCUUCGGAUUCGAGGCGAAAUCCCACGGGAAGAGAAGGAAAGAAGUUGGAAUUUUUGUGGCUUUAAAAAGGAUUUUUUGGGAUUGGGGGUUUUUUGGGAAGGGUGGGAAUGUUGGGUGUUGUUUUUCACAGCCAUUGCACUGCAAAAAAGGAUUAAAAAUGAAAAUAAAAAACUCGGGAGAGUUCAGGGAAUUCCGGACUCAGGACGACGGAUCCGGCGCCUCUCGGGAAUUCCAGAAUUCCCAACGGAGCCCGGGAGGAGGAAAAAAAAGCAGGAAGAGGAAGGAAAAAAAAAAAAAAAGCACGAAGAGGAGAAGGAAAACAUUUAAAAAAAAACGGAUUUAAAGGAAAAAAAAUCAACCAGAUCAAAAUUUUAUGGAGAAAAAAAUCGGAAAUUUCAAGGAAAAAUUCCUAAAAUUCCAACGUGCCAAACCAUUUAAUACAAACAAGCCCUCGGGAAGUUGGGAAUGGUUGGAAUUCUCUCCUGGAUGAAUUUGCCCCGGAGCAUGAUCCCGUUUUUCCAGCCGUUUUUUUUGUUCAUUUCGCUUCUUUUUCGUAGCAAAUCCGUAGGAAAAAUGUUAAAAAACAAGAAAAAAAAAAGACUUUGAUGGGACAACCCCAAAAACGGGGAAUUUUUGGGGAGAAAUUCCCCAAAAAGGAGGAAAAGGAGGAAAAAUCCAACAGCAUUAAUGGGGUUGUCCCGGAUUUUUUUAUUUAUUCCAUAAUUAUGUUGAGGUUUUUUAUUAUUUUAAGCUGUUUUUCCGUUGGUUUCUUUCUUUUUUUCGCGUCUCCGCAUCCUGGUGGGAUUGAAAAAAAAAUACCAGGAAUUUUCUCUCGGUUGAAAUCAUCAAAAAUCCGGAAAAACUUUGGGUUUUCCGGGAAAAACUUUGAUUUUUUUUUUUUUAGCGCUUUUUAAACCGAUAUUUACGCUUUUCUUUGGGUUCAAAAAACCCCUUUUUCGAGGGAUUUCGAGGGAUUUGAACUCUCCCCGGUGGGAAUCCAGCAGGAAUCCACCGGGAAAAUCGAUGGAAUUUGGGAUGGGGGAGCGUGGCUUUGUACAUAGGGUGUAAAGUAGAGGGGCAAAAAAAACCAUAAAAAAAAAGACAAAAAAUCCGAAAUUUGUGCCUUUAAAAAAUUCCGAUUUCUAUAAAAAUCAGAUUUAAAAAAGGGUUGCAUAUAUAUAUUAUAUAUAUAUAUGAUGGAGUGCUAGAGAAAUUUAUGGAUAAUAUACAUAUUUUUUUCCAGGGGUAUCCCAUAGCUCCGUAUUUUGUUAUGGAAGUUGAAAAAAAAAAAAAAACGGAAAAAAAAGGAAAAAAAAAACCUGAAAAAUAAAAGUAUUUUACCUCGAAUUGAAAACGUUAAAUAAAAACCUUUUAACAGA